CCCAUCACCUCUUACCCACUUAACCAUUUCUAGUUAUUUCCAACCCUCUCUCACACCCUACACUAACACUCUCAACAAAACUUAAAAUCUUUCUUGAUUACAACACCACCAUCAAGAAACUUCAAUCAAGAAAAAUGGCUUCAUCUUCUCUCGCAAUUUCUCCAAGAAAACUCCGAUCAGAUCUCUACUCAUACUCCUACCAAAAUGACUCAAACACCCCUCUCGUCAUCUCCGUUCUCGCUUCACUAAUCGAAAGAACCAUGGCGAGAAACCAAAGAAUCGCCAAGAAUUGCUCGUCGGCUUUAAAUUUAUCGACGGACUCUAAAACUCGAGUCUUUGAUUGCUAUGAGACUCCAGACAUGACGAUUCAAUCGUAUCUUGAAAGAAUUUUCCGAUACACUCGAGCCGGGCCAUCCGUUUAUGUCGUUUCGUAUGUUUAUAUUGACCGUUUUUGCCAAGCAAAUCCUGGGUUUAGAAUCAAUUCAAGAAAUGUACAUCGAUUGCUUAUUACAACUAUCAUGCUCGCUUCCAAAUAUGUCGAAGACAUGAAUUACAGAAAUUCAUACUUUGCAAGAGUUGGUGGAUUGACGACAAAUGAAUUGAACAAAUUGGAGCUGGAAUUUCUGUUCUUGAUGGGUUUUAAAAUGCAUGUUAAUGUCAGUGUUUUUGAGAGUUACUGUAGCCAUUUAGAGAGAGAAGUGAGCAUUGGAGGAGGAUAUCAUAUAGAGAAAACCUUGCGAUGUGCGGAAGAAAUUAAAUCAAGGCAAAAUCAAGAUAAGAGAUACAUUAAUAAUCAAAUUGCUAGAAUUAUGUUCUAGAUUAUAAAUUUGAGGAUGAAAUUGCAAUUUUUGCCUGCAAUUAUAGGAAGUAUAUAAUGUGUAUAGCAGAUUGAAUUGUAUAAAACAUAUGCAAUGGUUUUUU